AUGUCAGCUAGUCAAUCGAUAAGAAACUCAUUUCAGUCAUCAAGGUCUCCAUUGAAGCAACAAUCGCCUCGGUUUCAAACGCAGCUGAAUUUCAACCCUUAUGAAGCAGCAAGAGAUCGGCAGGAUUUGUACCAAGCAAGUACAGUAACAUCCAGGGUCGUUAUAGAUGAUGAUCCCGUCGUUCCCGAGUACAAAGAUAUUGCCAUGUCUAAUAACAAGUGCAACUACAGCAUGAAGAUUGUUGUUGUUGGAGAUGGUGCCGUGGGGAAAUCGUGCUUAUUGAUAAGCUAUGCGUUGAAUAGGUUUCCUGACGAGUAUGUGCCCACGGUGUUUGACAACUAUGUGCAUACGGUUGUUUCUCCUCAAGGAAAGACAAUCGAGCUAGCGCUAUGGGAUACUGCUGGACAAGAAGAAUACGAAAGGUUGAGACCAUUGAGUUACCCAGACGUUGACUUAAUAUUGAUUUGUUUUUCACUUGACAACAUCACUAGUCUACAAAAUGUUAGCGAAUUGUGGUUUCCUGAGGUAAAUCAUUACUGCCCCCGAAUACCACUUAUAUUGGUAGGAACAAAAUCGGAUUUACCAAGUAGUAUUGCUGAUGGUUUACCGCUUCAGAUAGCUACAGAUAUAGGAGCUAUAGCGUAUCUCCGAUGUUCAGCAAAGACAAUGGAUAACGUGAGAAAUGUGUUUAAUUUUGCAUUGAACCAUUUUCAAAAACAAAUGCAAAUACAAGAACAGCUUGAGAAAAGUAAUCGAAAGAGAAUAAGUAAACGAUUUAGUGGUAGUAAUGGAAAUGACCAUUUAAGAACAGGAAGUCAAACAUCAAAUUCACGAAAGGGACAUUUGAAAAACACUUCAUACGACUCAACUAUUUUAUUGGACCAGCCAUUAACUGAAGACACCUACGAAAAUAACCCAUAUGGAAAUUUUGGCAAUAAUGCCAAGGUGAGUCCAUAUAAUGAAGCGAAGCGAGAUAGUGAAGCGACACUGACUAAUGACACUAAUGACACUAAUGACACGAAUGACACUAAUGACACGAAUGACACUAAUGACACUAAUGACACUAGUGACACUAUCUCGCUUCGCUCGAUAGUAGAAAAUCAAAAACAAACUCCAAUAGAGAAUAAGUUCCAAUUGGCCCAUCAAACCAAUUUCAUGGGCCAAUUAAUUUCUGUGGGUGAAAAAAAAUAA